UUUGCAGUGGUGAUUUUGGUGAAGAUAGGUAUUCUGAUCUGUGUGUGCAGAAAAAGAAAUCAGAAGAAUGAUAUAUCAGUAUUUUCUGGUUCAAAAUUUCUGACUCUGACUAUAAAUAAAUUUCUUAACGACAUGGAAAGGGAGAAGCCAAUCAGAUUCACCGAUCAACAACUACGGAUUGCAACUGAUAACUACUCUAACUUGUUGGGGUCAGGAGGUUUUGGAGCAGUUUAUAAGGGAACUUUCAGUAAUGGGACUGUUGUUGCAGUGAAGGUUCUGCGAGGGACUUCAGACAAGAAAAUCGAGGAGCAGUUUAUGGCAGAAGUGGGAACGAUUGGCAGAAUUCAUCAUUUCAAUCUUGUUAGACUCUAUGGAUUUUGCUUUGAAGAAAACCUGAUAGCACUAGUGUAUGAGUACAUGGGUAAUGGCUCUCUUGAUAGGUAUUUGUUCCACGAAAAGAAGACCUUAGGAUAUGAAAAGCUUCAUGAGAUUGCAGUGGGAACAGCUAGAGGCAUUGCUUAUUUGCACGAGGAGUGCCAACACAGAAUAAUCCAUUACGACAUAAAACCAGGAAAUAUUCUUUUGGACAGGAAUUUCAAUCCUAAAGUUGCUGAUUUCGGUUUAGCCAAACUCUGCAACAGGGACAAUACUCAUAUAACCAUGACUGGAGGCAGAGGAACUCCAGGUUAUGCUGCACCUGAGCUUUGGAUGCCCUUUCCUAUAACUCCCAAGUGUGAUGUUUAUAGUUUUGGCAUGCUGCUAUUUGAAAUCAUAGGCAGAAGAAGAAAUAUUGAUAUUAAACUUGGUGAAAGCCAAGAGUGGUUUCCAAUAUGGGUUUGGAAAAAAAUUGAUACUGGACAAUUGGGGGAGUUGAUGACAGUCUGUGGGAUAGAGGAGAAAGAUAAGAAGAUUGCAGAAAGAAUGAUUAAGAUAGCUUUGUGGUGUGUGCAGUAUAGACCAGAAAUAAGGCCAAUAAUGAGUGUUGUGGUGAAAAUGCUGGAAGGUUCAGUGGAAGUUCCAGAACCUGACAACCCUUUUCAGCAUUUCAUGGGUGGGAUUACCAUUGCUCAUCCAGUUCCAAUGUCACAGACCUAUAAUACAGCAAGUAUUUCAUCUGGUUCUUCUGUUAUGGUAACAAACUCCAGCAUUGUGUGUGCUACUCCUAUUAUGAGGAAGUACGGCAUUGAAUUAGCCUCUAGCAAUGUGUGAUGCAAAUUAUUUAUAGCUACAUGAUGAGUUGAGUUGUAAAAUACUUUCAUUUGUGCUGAUUAGUUUCAAAUGUAUCCAUGUACAUAUACGUGCCCUUUUUUUUCUGUCAUGAAAAGCUCUUUCCUUUUUGCCUCUAAACUAUUUGGAGUUGAAAAGUUGUAUAUUGAGGGAAGCAAAGAAGAAAAGGGCCUUUAUGCAUACAUCAAAAUCUGUAUUCGAUUCUGAAGUUAUUUUAUUUCUAAAAUCUUGUUAGAGUAUAUUUUGUUGUUUCAUGCUAUAUGCAAUCGUGCUUAUACCUUUUGAACUGUAUGUCUUAAUUUUGAAGAUUUCCA